UGAAGAUCCAAACAAGGAAUUCUCAACUCUAAGUCAAAUGUUUGAACGUACACGUAAAAGGACAGAUGGGCAUGUAUAUGUCGAUACAUAUGAUGACACGGCAAAUAAAAUUGAACAAAUGAAGAAGUAUGAACAUCUAGAAGAUGAAAGUGAUGCCAUAGAUCCUUAUAUGAUUGUGAUGAAAAAAGAGAAUGAUGGAUACCGUCGACUUUAUGGUAGAGGCGUUACUAAUAGAUUGAUAAAAAAAGUGGGUGGUGGUGAUGCAUCAUACAUGAUUCCGACGGGACUUAUGGAAUCAUUCAAAGCAAAUGAAGUUGAAAGAAAUGAGUUGAUUGAAAUGCGAAAAGAGAUUCAAGAGGACCAUGAAAAAAAGCAGGCCGAAUUAGAAGCUAUGCAAAUAGAUAUUAAAAAACAGCAAGAAAACCUUGAAGCCAUGAUGCGAAAGUUAGCGGAACAACAACCUCGAGAAGGCCGAUAGUUGCUAAUAUGAUUUAUCGUCUAUGUUUAAGACACAUCUAGAAUGUUUUUAAUUAUUUUUUUGU